ACACUUGGCACCUUCCCCCUCUCCAACAGACAUGAGCACAUGCUGCACCGCACAUCAAUGUGAGGUAAGGUAAGGUGAGAGUCCAGAGGAGAAGAAAAAACAACAACACGAGGCCUAGUAGUGGACGUUGAAAUAGAAUAUUGAAAUUCUCGUUAAUCAAAUAAUACGGCUGUUAUUUUCUAAUGAUUUAUAUUACAGAGACUAAGCUUAAGUACAAUGUAUAGAUUAUUCAAAUGCUGUAGUAUAUUCCUGCAGAAUAGCAGCAACAUGUCAACCAUUCAUUAUUCACUUAAAAUGUGUCUCUUCUGCAAUAAUUGCCACCAACAGACAUCAAAAUAUGUUCAUGAAUUACAAAUUCGACAUCAAUCUUCCUCUGAAAAUGCAGCGACAUGGAACUUUACAAUUGGAAAAAAAAAGUUUAAAAGAAAAGUGAAGAAAUAUGCAGAACUUAAAGAAGUUCCUGAUUCAGCAAUCAACAGCGCAUACACAACAAUCCGAAAUCUCGAUGCAGCAUACAUCCCUGUUUCAGUUGAUAAACUAAACGUUACACUUGAUGAAUCACCGAAAAUUGAAGAAAAAGAUUGUAUAAAAAUGAAUAAAAGCAAAACUGAGCUUACUCAAUUAAUUUUGAAGGAAUCUUCAAUAGAUGAUUUGCCUGGUAUCCCUGAAAACGGAAUUUCCAAAAUUCAAAGCAAUCUUGUUAUUAGCGAAAAUGAAGACAUUCUAAAAGAAAAUAUACUAACUAAGGAAGAAGAAAAUGAUGAAAAUGAAUUGCUUAUUGAGGAGCUCAAAUCGUCUGGUAUCGUAGAUGAAACUGUUUUAAUCAAAAGUUCAUCUCUGGCUAAUUUAAUGUAUGAUUCAACUAAAGCAUAUAAUGUUAGAGAUAGUGCUAUUAGACUUGAAAAAAGUCAGGAAAUAAAUCAUUUAGAAGAAUCAGAGGAAAAAAUUAUUGACAAGGAACGAAAGGCAAGAGAAUCAUUAUUGCAAAAAGAAAAAUUAAAGCAAUUUAAUAAGAUAAUUUUAGGAUAUGUAGACGUGUGUGUAAAUAGUAAUGAGUUGGAUCAAGUUAAUGAUAUACUUUAUGCAUACAGGAAAAACAAAAGUAAUAGUCCUGGUUAUGUUUAUAUAAAUGAUAUAUCGGUAUUUAACAGGCAAAUUGAAAAAUUAGCCGCUUAUUCAGAUUUGAAAAAAAUAUUGCAUAUUUUGCAAACUUUAAGAAAAGAUAAUAUAAAUUUGAAUGCACAAACUUAUGUAUAUAUACUUGACUGUAUUGGUCGCAUGACAAGUGAUCACGCAAAUAAAAAAGAUAUAUUAAAACAAAUUCAUGUAGAAAUGCAAAAUGAUCGCAUAUCUCUAAACGAUGUAAUGACCAAAACAACAUUUGUGCGAGAUCAGAGGUUAUUUGUUGAUAAAAUGGCAAAGUUAAUCAAUAGUGAAUUUGAACCAAGGUAUGGAAUGAUAGACACAACCUAUAAUUGUAGACUCCUAGAGAAUAUGACUGAUGUCAAUAAUACACCAUCAAGUAGUGUUGGGGAACUUUUAACCACGAAAGAAAUUGAAAGGCGUUUGAAAAAGCAAAUUGAAAUGGAAAUAGAUGGACAAGUGACUGUUCGUAAUAUUGCUAAAAAAAAUUCAACUCAAAACGUCAAUCAUUGGAGACAUAAACUGUCUAAUCUUGAAAAAACAUGGGAAAGAACAGCUAUGAGUGCAUUUAAAAGAAAUUUAUCCACUUUAAGAAACCGAGAGACAUUUCAAAAGAGAGCCAGCAUCAUGUUGUAUCCAUACUUAUCUAUUUUGAAACCAGAUGAUUAUAUUUGUAUUAUCAUGAGAGAAGUUCGAAAAUUAGGGAUGGGCUCUGAAAUGUAUAGUUUACCAUUUAAUUCAUUAUGUCGUCACAUGGGUGAUCAAGUUUAUAAAAUGUAUGAGGCAAAAACCAAACAAACAAAUGGAAUAAACGAUAAAAUAUUUGAAGUUCAUAUGAAAUAUUGUCACUGGCUUAUUAAAAGAAAUGAUAAAUUAAAUAACCGACUGAAAUGGAUGACACUAGAGAGUGAAGGGAAUAAAUAUGGUGUGACGUUAGGCGCUGAAGUUCCAGUGUGGCAGGCUAAUAUACAUGCAAGCAUCGGCAGAUUCCUAUUUAAUAUUAUAGUCAAUGACCUAAAACUCGAUGCAAAUUACAUUAAAAAGAAGAAAGCUUAUCAUGGACGAGGACAUUAUAUUCCAGCAUUUUUUAAAAUAUUUCGACAUAGUGGAGUGAUGCUGAAAGAAGAGGUUAAACCACAUCCUAUUGUGUCAAAAUUAUAUAGAGAUUCUCAACCAGAAAAUCUGACUUUUGAUACAACGCUUGUACCAUCAUUGUGCCCACCUCGACCAUGGGUUUCUGUACAUAGCGGUGGAUACAUCGUUACGAAAACGGAUAUUGUGAGAGUUACUCACAUGGGGAACCAACAGUGGGAUAGACUAAUAAAUGCGCAACCAAAACAGCUCUAUCCUGCUCUAGAUAGUUUAAAUCAAUUAGGAUCUAUUCCAUGGGCUGUGAAUACAUCCGUUCUUGAUGUAGCUAUUAAGGUUUUCCAAAAUGAUGGAUCAGUUAAAUUAAACGUACCUCAACCUCCUUCAGUACUCGCGCAUAUCCUUUCUGUCCCCAUUGAUGCCGAUCCUAAAGAGAAGAAGAAAAUAAAUAAAGCAAAAAUUGAGCUGAAAAGAAAGAAAAAUGAAAUGUAUUCUUUAUGGUGUGAUGCUUUGUACAGAUUAUCAUUAGCAAACCAUUUCAGGAAUGAAAUAUUUUGGCUACCGCAUAACAUGGAUUUUCGAGGACGUGUGUAUCCAAUACCACCGCAUUUGAAUCAUCUGGGCUCUGAUUUAGCAAGAUCAAUGCUCGUAUUUGCUCUUAAAAAGCCACUUGGUCCUAAAGGUCUUGAUUGGUUAAAAUUGCAUACCAUUAAUUUAACUGGUUUCAAAAAAAGGGAAUCUAUAAGUGAAAGAUUAAAGUAUGCUGAUAAAAUAAUAGAAAACAUUCUUGAUAGCGCAGAAAAUCCUUUAACCGGUAAAAUGUGGUGGGCUACAUCCGACGAACCAUGGCAAACUUUAGCUGCUUGUAUGGAAAUAGCUAAAGCGUUAAAAUCAUCAAACCCCACGCAUUAUAUGACAGGAUUUCCAAUCCACCAGGACGGUAGCUGUAAUGGUCUUCAACAUUACGCAGCUCUCGGUAGAGACCAAAUUGGAGCUCAAAGUGUUAAUUUGUUUCCUAGUCAUUUCCCACAAGAUGUAUAUAGUAGUGUUGCUACUAUGGUUGAUGAGAGACGAAGAGAAGAUGCAAGCAAUGGUAACCUUAUAGCUAAUGUUUUAGAAGGCUUUAUUAAAAGGAAAGUCAUCAAACAAACUAUUAUGACAACUGUUUAUGGUGUUACAUGGUUCGGUGCUAAAUUGCAGAUCGCUCGUCAAUUAAAAGAUGUAGACACUUUUCCACACGAACACCUAUGGCCAGCCUCAACUUACCUUGUCCAAAAAACUUUUGAAACACUAAGGACCAUGUUUAAAAGUGCGAGAGAAAUUCAAGAUUGGUUUACCGAAUGUGCGCGUCUUAUCUGCAUAGCACGGGAAGAAAACAUGGAGUGGGUAACGCCUUUAGGAUUGCCAGUGGUACAACCUUAUAGCAAAAUAUCUCGCAAUUUCUCAAGUAAAAAAGGCAUUGCGCCUUACUUUACUCCAGACAUUUAUAGGAAACCUAAUGUAAUGAAACAAAAAAAUGCUUUUGCACCAAAUUUUGUCCACUCCUUGGAUUCUAGUCAUAUGAUGCUCACCAGUAUACAUUGCGAACGUGCAGGAAUUACAUUUGUUUCUGUACAUGACUGUUAUUGGACACAUCCAUGCACUGCAGACAUAAUGAAUAAGAUUUGUCGAGAACAAUUCGUUGCUUUGCACUCAGAGCCAAUACUUGAAGAUCUAUCAAAGUUUUUAAUCGAAAAAUUUGGGUUUGAUGAUACUGACGUGUUGGAGAAAAAUAAGAAUAUAGACAUAGGUAUAUUAAGAGACAAGCUGAAUUCUACUUUAUCCAAAGUUCCACAACAGGGAAACUUUGAUCUUAAAGGAGUUUUAUCCUCAACAUAUUUCUUUAGUUAAAAUUCUUUGAAUCAUUUUCAGAAAAACAUGAAGUUAGAUAAAAUGGUUAUCAUUGUCAAAUCCACAUGAUCAUAAUAAAUUGUAAUUUUUAUAUUUUAA